AUGUUUUUUCGUUUGCAUUGCAGCGCUGCUUUUUUGUCGGCGGUGGCCACACUGCUUAUUUGUCUUUUGCUUCGCUGUUUUGCGCAGCGGUCGGUGAGUGUCGGCAGAAGGCGGAGGAGGGCACCUCCAUGCAGGCAAGCAUUUGACGGCCUGAUGCCGCGGAGUCGCAGUUGGCGCUGCUUCCAUCCGGUUUCCGCCGUGGCGUACCGCCUGGAUGCACGGGUUUUGUUGGUUUUGGGAUGCACCAACGCCGCUGCGGCAGUCGGAGGUGUCAAGCCGAUUGUGGAGGCGCGGCGAUCGUCGAUUUCUGGUGGCAGCAUGCGGGGGUGGGCGGUGUUCCGCAAAUGCCAGGGACGCUGGGGUGCGCUGCGGAGUGGGCCAACGAGUCCUCUGUGGAGGCCACCGCUGACGAUACGAGGCGUGCUCUCUUAG